CGGGGCUGGGGACGGGUGGGGACGGGGGGGGCAGCGGCCGCCUCACGGUAAUCCGGGCGGUAAUCCCGGUAAUCCCGGCGGUAAACCCGCAGCAGGCACGGAGCGGGCCCCUCAGGCGGGUCCCCGCGGAGCAGCGCUGCGGAGGGGGGGCAGGAGGCUGUGCAGGUGGCGGCCGUUGCCUCAGCGGCCCCGUCCCUGCCAACAGGAGCCGGCAGCGCCGGGACCAUGGCAGCCGCGGAGACCUCGCCGGUGGUGCCCUGAUCCGCAGCGCAAAUCCCAGGUCGGAGCCGUCAGCACCGAGCGUCUGCCUGGUUUGUCCCGGUAUUUAACACCUUGAAUUAAUACAACCUGAAAUCUCUGCCUCCAGGUUUUGUUGGAAGCUUGUUUCUGAGAGACUGGAAAGGAAUAAAGAACAUAAUGACUGCUUUGGAUGAUAAACUACUUGGCGAGAAGCUCCAGUAUUAUUACAGCAGUAGUGAGGGUGAGGAUGAAGACAGUGAGAAAGAAGAUAAAGAAGGGGAGAGCUCCAUUCCUGAAACUGUUGGGGAAAUAGAGCUCAGCAGCGAUGGAAGUGCAGUCAACACAGGUCCGAAAGGAGUCAUUAAUGACUGGCGGAGAUUUAAACAACUGGAGACAGAACAGAGACAGGAGCAGCGCAGAGAAAUGGAACGACUCAUAAAGAAGUUAUCUAUGACUUGUAGAUCUCACUUAGAUGAAGAGUCUGAGAAACAGAAGCAGAAAGAGAUCCAGGAAAAAAUAAAUGGAAAGAUGACAUUACAAGAAUAUAACAUGAUUCACAACGAUGAAGAUGAUGAGGAAUUCUUACAGCGAUACAGGAAGCAGCGGAUGGAGGAGAUGAGGCAGCAGUUGUACAGUGGGCAGCAAUUUAAAAAGGUUUUUGAGAUUACCAGUGGAGAAGCAUUUUUGGACACGGUUGAUAAAGAGCAUAAAAGCACACUGAUCAUGAUCCAUAUUUACGAAGAUGAUAUCCCUGGCAGUGAAUCCCUGAAUGGCUGUAUGAUCUGCCUGGCUGCUGAGUAUCCAACCGUUAAAUUUUGCAAAGUAAAGAGUUCGCUCAUUGGUGCCAGCACCCGCUUUACUAAUAAUGCUCUGCCGGCUUUGCUGAUCUAUAAGGCGGGUGAGCUCAUUGGCAACUUUGUGCGAAUCACUGACCAGCUUGGAGAAGAUUUUUUUGCUGUAGACCUGGAGGCUUUUUUGCAGGAGUGUGGUCUGCUUCCAGAAAAAGACCUAGUGCUCCUGACUUCUAUACAUAACCCAUCUGCUUGUUACAGUGAAGACAGUGAUCUGGAAAUAGACUGAACCACUUACGCCGAUGGGCCAGUAGGUGUAGUUGUACAGCGGGAUGUUGUUGUGCUAGGGGCUGGUUUCUUCCUUUCUUAGCGUGGGUAUAUUAUUCUUCGCCUCCAUGCACUUCAACUUUUGCUCGUUAAAAUUUUGUUUAAAAUAAUACAAGGAAUUCCUAACAUUUUCUUAAAUUAAUUCAGUAAAGUGCACACUAAAACUGUCUUGCUUUUAUGCAGUUCAAACUGUAUUAUACUAAACCUGAAUUUCUAACACAAUUCAGUAAAUUUAGGAAAUUGUGUAUUCUGUUGUCAUCUCUCACUUAAAUUUUGUAAACAUUUUGUCCUUGGAUCAGUUGUUUAUAGUCAGUCUCCUUACAGAUUUGCUUAAACAACGUGAAUACCAAUUGGAUCAGAAAGUGGGCACCUAGUCACUAAGACAAACGUGUUUUGAAGUGCUCCAAUCUUUUAUUAACCUGGAGUUGAACUGCUGCCAGUGAAUUAACAAUGCUAGGUCCCAUCUUCCAUUUGUAGUCCCCUUCUUGGAAGUACCAUUAUUCUAACAAUUGGUGCCAUAUUUUUGUUCUUUUCUCACUUGCAAAUAACAACAGCUCCUGACUUGAUACUGAAAAUUACCUUUCAGCUGGAGAGGGUUCUUUAACCUUACCCAAGACUUAAAUGAGAAAAUCUUCCUUCUGUUACAGCUCUUAAUGUAUUCUUGGGUUUUAAAAUACCUACCAUUAGUUCAUAGUAGUUACUUCUGCAGAAAAUAAGCUCUGCCUCUUAAGAGAAAGAGACCUUUUAUAAAGAGCUCCAAAGGACAUGCUGAAUAGCAUCAAGGAGAAUUUUGUUGGCAAAAUGCAGAAUUAGAACUUGAAUAGCCUCAGAAUUUCGUACAUCUCUAAAAUUGUUAAAUCACUGCUGAUGGUCAUUUCUGUCUGUCUUCAGAUUAUCUGCUUAAGCUGGAUCUUCAGCUGCAUUUUGAAUAUUAAUAACCCCUGGACCUGACAGAUGACUGGAAGGCUCUGUGGGAAAUCACCCUUGAGCCGAUAGACCAGAUCCCUAGGCAGGUGUUCAGUAGCACAGCUGAUUCCCUUGUCUGAAGCACAGGGACUCGUUCUUACACAGAGGGCUUGGCUUGAUCAAAACCAUGGCUUGCCCUGUUCUUCCUCUGAUGGCAGCUCUUCAGGAGCUAUCACAGCUCUUUCAGCUGCCCAGUGACAUUGAUCUUAAAGUUCUCCUCUCCCCCAGAACACAGGGUGGCUCCUACUGCUGGGCACAGGGUGAAAGCUGUGCAGCACUGGCUGAGCCCGUUUGUCUUUUUCAUGAGCACUAUUGCUCCUGAACGCAAGAGCUGUAUAUUGCGCUUCGUCAUUACCAUUUGUUAGUGGUUACAUUUUUAUUAAAGUGUUUGUUUUGUUUAUGCUCUACUAACUUUGUAUAUCAGAGGUAAUAUGGGGAAGUAAUUUUCAGGGUUUCUAGUACGUUACAGUUCACCCUGACUCCAGCAAGUCUAGCGCUAGGUAGCCGUGAGAUAACCUGAGUAGCAUUAGAAACCAUUAGCAAUUUACAGUGAGCGCAAGCAUGAAAACCUCCAGCAAUGCAGAGCAACACAAAGGUUUUCCUGGCCAGGUUAUGGCUGAGUGACUCAAACAAUGUACCUGGUACAAAUGAGCAUGUUGAAUGCGUGCACUCUGUACUUAGUUGUUACUGAAUUACGUGUCUUCUGCAUACUUAAUUGGAUGUUACAACACUUCUGCUUUCUCAUGCAUUCCUUAUGUUGCUCGUUAUUUUUUAAUUGUGAGGAAAGUAGACUAUAGUUACCUGAAUAUACGACCCAGUGUAAUGCCAUGUUUAAUGAUUAAAUUUAAUUGUGUUUUUUUUUUUUUUUAAUUUUCAUUGUUGUUGUUUAGCUUUUUUGCAAGUUGAAGGCACUUUGGAACACCAGGAAGAAAUGCAAAUGCCUGUGUAAGCUCUUGGUUCACAGUAAAACUAGAUCUUAUUAGAGAAAAAUAAGUGUUGGCAAUUGUAUCUAUUUGAACGAUAUUAUUAAAAGUGCAAUAAGCAGGAAGAGAAGUAGUUCGUAAUUAAAAAUUACUGAAUUGGCACAAAUUGUAGCUGUUUUAAGGGAACUGGCAGAAGCCCAAAUUUUAAAAUGUGAUAAGGGAUUCUUUUCUUUUUAGAAUUGCGGAAAAAAAAAAACACACAUGAAAGUUACGUGAAAUUAAAUCAUUGAGCGUGGGUAUCAGCACAUCUAAGAAAAAAAGUCAAAGCAGCUGUAAUUUAUAUUUAGGAGGAGGUUCAGUUAAGUAUGUAGCACAGACAGGGUGCGUAUUAGCAUCAUAAUAAAAUGAUUUGGAGGGGCGAGAGCUGACUGCUUGAAGUGCUUUGAAGUUUUAUUUGUGCAAAGUGUUUUUUGUUUGUUUUUGUUUUUUAAUCCCUACGUCAGUAAAGCUGUAAUAGGAUCAAAACCUCUCCUGCUGCUCUGUGUCAGAUGGCCUGCAGCAAGGGGACUCGGUUAUUAAUCUUCAGUGCUCAACUACAUGACAGAUGUUUCAUGGUGCCAAUAGCAAAAGGAAAAAAAAAGAAAAGGCGUGUGGGAAAGAAGUCUGAAUUCAAUUAAUCACUAAUCUUGGAGCAUACAGUAAGCAUAAGGGAGAGAGGGAUAGAGAGAAGAUGUGUUAGGAUGCUGCUUCUCAUUGUCAGCACAGACAACACAAAUCUGAGCAGUCAGAGGUUGGCUGCUGGAGCUGCUGAGAAGCGUUGUGGGCAGGGCUGGGUAGUGCUGCCAGGUGCUUUUGCCCGUUCUUGAAGCUAAGUCCUCCCAAAUUGACCAAGCAGUAAUUGUGUGCUCAAAACCCAUCAUGCACAUUAAACAACAUGGCAAAGUGAAAUGAAUUUUAAGAUAUGUUAGCUAUUUGUUUGUCCCCUGUCUGUUCAAUAGAACUCAAAACUACAACUCCUGUCUGUAAAUGUUAUAGCUGAAAUGUUGAAGUCUAUUUAUUUAUCUAAUUUUAGAUAAGGCCCUGACCAGGCUAAAAACUGGAGUGUAUUUGUGUAUAUAUAUGCAUUAGAGGACUGAAAAUAAAAGGAAAUUGUACCAACCCCUACAUACAAUAAAAUAGUUCUGAAACAUCCA